CAGACAAUAAUACGCAUAGUUCCAACCUUUGUUUCAACAUGACAACCUCUUUCCCCUAUCCUUCUUCCAUUUGUGUGUCUUCCAACUCCUGCCAUGCAUUUUUGGCCCUUUCCACCUUCUCUCUAUGCAUUUUUCUGUCACCUCUCCAUGACUCUUUAUCAUUCUGAAUUCUAACCCUUCAUUGCUUCGUGGCGAAAAACUCCAUUUUUCUUCACUCUUUCGCUUGUUCUCUCCACAAUAUCUUCUGGGUAUUCCCCGGAGUUUCGUGGGGUGCCCUUGUUUUCGUCAUUGGAAAUUGGUUUUGUUGGGUUCCAGACAUGGGAGGCUGUUGCAGCCACGAAGUUUCGGUUCGAGGGAAGGUGGAAAGCGAGGUGGAUGAUAGAGAAUAUGAUUAUGAUCGUGAAAACGAUGUGUCAUAUGAAUGUGGUGGAGCAUUGGUUAGGCUGAGAGGAUCCUCUAGGUUUGUAUCAAUGUAUAGCCAACAGGGCCAAAAGGGUGUGAACCAAGAUUCAAUGGCAGUUUGGGAGGACUAUACUGGAGAAAAAGAUGUGAUCUUCUGUGGUGUGUUCGAUGGUCAUGGUCCACUAGGCCACAAGGUUUCACAAUUUAUUCGUGACAAUCUGCCCUCAAAACUUUCUGCAGCAAUCGAAAUUUCCCAGCAGAAGGCAAUCAAAUACUAUGAUGCUAAUGAUGCAGAAACUGCUAGUUUUGAUGAUGUUUACGAUGAUUAUAGUAGCCCCAACAUGUCCCUUGCUGCAUGGGAGGGAUGUUUUCUGAAAUCCUUUGAUGAGAUGGAUGAGUACCUUGCUCAGGAAAUUAACACCGACAGCUAUUGCAGUGGUUGCACUGCUGUAACUUUAAUUAAACAGGGUGACCAGUUGAUAGUUGGCAAUUUGGGUGAUUCUCGUGCGAUUCUUUGCACAAGGGAUAGGGACCAACUCAUUCCUGUUCAACUCACUGUUGACUUGAAACCAGAUAUUCCAAGUGAAACCUCAAGAAUCGUUAACUGUGAAGGAAGGGUUUUUGCAGCAGAAGAAGAACCAGAUGUUUACAGAAUAUGGAUGCCUGAUGAUGACUGCCCUGGACUAGCCAUGUCAAGAGCCUUUGGGGACUUUUGCCUCAAAGAUUAUGGCCUCAUCUCGGUUCCUGAUGUAUUUUACAGAAAAAUCACUCCACAAGAUCAAUUUGUGGUUUUGGCAACUGAUGGGAUAUGGGAUGUGCUCACUAACAGUGAAGUGAUAAACAUAGUUGCUUCAGCACCAAGGAGGUCCAUCGCAGCCAAGUUGUUGGUAAAGCGUGCUGUUAGAGCCUGGAGAUACAAGUAUCCUGGUUCCAAGGCUGAUGAUUGUGCUGUCAUAAUCUUGUUUCUGGAUGACCAUGACCAACCUGUUCUUACACAUUCAAAAUCCACUACGACCAGAAAACAUAAACAGCGCAGCAAGCACAUGCAUCGCUCUAAAUCCACUAGAAAUGAAGACACUGAAACUGUAGAUGGCAAGCUUGGUGUGGAACUAAGUGAAGAAUGGAAAGCUUUUGGAGGGUUGGCUAGAGCCAACUCUUUAUCAAAACUUCCACGCCUUGCUAGGGGCACGAGUAAAAGGCAAUCAUCUAAGUACCGUACGGGGAGUUGAAGUUCUCUAACACGAGGCCUUCUCAGAAAUUAAUAUGGAUCAAAUUGGAACACGUGUUGUAUAUCUAGGAGGGGUAAAAGGGGGGUUUGAAAAUCUUAGGAUCAUAUGUGUCCCUUGGAAUGAGUGCGAAAAUUUAAAUGAGCUUUACAUGAAAAGUUAUGUGUGAAAAUUAGCUCAACUUUUAAGAAGACACCAGAGUGCAUAAUAUACCUCAAAAAAGAUGUAAUAGUUGUGACUUCUCAAAACAUUGACAGGGCUACCACUGAAUGAUUAUUUACUAUUAUGAGACUA